AUGUGUGUCCGUGCAUACCACACUACUACUACUACUACUACUUCUACUUCUACUCCUACUACUACUACUACUACUACUACUAAUCCUACUACUACUACUACUACUACUACUACUACUACUACUACUACUACUACUACUACUACUACUACUACUUCUACUACUACUACUGAUAAUAGCAACAAUAAUGAUAAGUAUAUUAAUAAUGAAUAA